ACUGCUGUGCGUCCAUGCGUCCGUUCGCUGUUUCUCGGGGUUGCGAAAGCCUUGAAAUCGAAGCAUCGGAGGGAAAACCCUAUAAAAGUGUUGUGAGCGAGCGAAAAUAAGACGUUUUUUGGGUUUGUUACAAUGCCGUUGUCAACCUGACCAAUACUCCGGUGUAGAAACUGUAGAAACCAACCGGAAACUGAAGUCAGGUUCAGAAAUACCGAGGAUAUGGCCGUUGGGUCAACGAAAGUGGUGCAAGUCACCAAUAUCGCACCGCAAGCAACCAAGGACCAAAUGCAAACACUAUUCGGGUAUCUUGGCAAAAUCGAAGAUAUCAGGUUGUAUCCCACGAUAAGGGACGUUGCUGUACCCGUUCAGUCUAGAAUAUGUUACAUAAAAUUCCAUGAGCAAGGGAGCGUUGCUGUCGCUCAGCAUAUGACCAAUACAGUAUUUAUUGAUCGUGCUCUGAUUGUAAUCCCCUAUCAGAAUGGAGAUAUUCCCGAUGAGCAGAGGGCUCUUGAAUUGACAAAUAAUGGUACAGUUGUGCCAGGCUUGUAUCCUUCUGAGCCAAAGCUCCCUGCCAAUGUAGUCAAUGCGAUUGAGGGACUACCACCUAAUCAUGUGAUAACCACAAUCGAUCCAAAGUUGGAGACCAAUGGCUUGCCGUCAUAUCCACACCUACCAGGGCACUUGGAUAGCAGAAGAAUUGAAGAGAUCCGCCGAACUUUGGUUAUUGCAAAUCUUGAAGCUUCGGUUUCAACGGAUCAGCUGCUAGACUUCUUUGCUGAAAACAAUAUCGAAAUUAAAUAUCUGAGAAUUUGCACAAGAGAUUCAGAUACUGAACAUUACGCCCUUGUCGAACUUUCUGAACAGGCAUCCGUUGUCCCUGCACUCCAGCUAAACGGUCAGCCACUGGCAGAAAAACCAAUUAAAAUUUAUCACUCUACUCAAUCUAUUGCUAAACCUGAGGCCAAAAGCAACGAGGCUGCUCAGAAAGAAAUCGAAGAAGCUAUGUCUAGGGUGAAGGAAGCGCAUAACUUGAUAUCUGCUGCCAUAGAUCCCAUGAUCGGGAUGCUUUCCAAGGAUAAGCGCAGUCGAAGUAGCUCACGAAGUCGCAGAUCUAGAUCCAGAUCUAAGGGAAGAAGCAGGCGAUCCAGAUCUCGUAAAAGAUCUAGAUCUAGGCAUCGACGUUCUCGUUCUCGUCAUCGUCGUAGAUCGAGGUCAAAGUCAAAGCGAUCACGCUCCCGAGAUCGUAAGAAAAAAUCUCCAUCUCGCAGAAGAAGCAGUUCUAGAGGACGUCAUAGGUCUAAAUCCAAAUCUAGGAGAUCUCAUUCAAAAACUCGUCGAACUAGAAGCAGAUCUAAAGAUCGCAAGAAGAAGUCACCGGGACGGAGGAGGAGCCGCUCACCAUCUCGUGGUAAAAGAUCCAAGUCUAGAUGCAGGAAAUCUAGGUCCGAGUCAAAAUCUCGCACCGCAAAAUCAAAAUACUCGGAAAAAAACAAGGAGAAGGACAAAGAUAAGGAACGUCGUAGCAAGGACAAGUUGGACAAUAAUGGGAAAAAGAAUGACGGAGACAAGCUGGAAAAAAAUGAGAGGGAAAAAAGCGAUAAAAAAUCUAGCAAAGAGAAGAGAUCGGAGAAAGAUUCAAAGUCGGAUGAAAAAAAUCGCGGUGGUUCAGAGUACUGCGAGAGUAAAGAUAGUGUAGAAUCCGAGAAUUAAUUGCGCAUCUUCACAUACUCUCUUGGAUUUAAUUGUAAGACUAAUCUUCACCCGUCGAUCAGAUAUCAAUUAUGAAUAAUAAUUAUCUGUAAUUACGGACCGAAGUGGAUUCGUUUUGUGAAAUAAACUUCUAUAAAAUAAAAUGUACAUCUCAA